ACGUGACCGCGCGCAAUAUAAACCAUGGGGACGCGCCGGCCGGCGUUACAUUCGUGGAAAUUCUCGUGCGAGCGGUGGACACACGGUCGCGAGUCGGUACGAAUCGAAAGGCAUCCCAAAGAGGCAAAGCCAGAGACGGAGAGAGAGAGAGAGAGAGAGAGGGAGAAUAAAAGCUGCUCUGUUGAGAAGGACGAAAGAGCACGAAGAGGAACCGAACGCGCUCGAAGUAUCACGCCGAUUCGAUCACGAAGCAAGGAGAUUCCUCCGUCUCUUUUCUUCGGCUCGAAAUCCUCUUUAUUGUAUAUUUCAUUAUUUACGCGCUCGUUUCCCCUCUCAGAAGGCUCUUAAUCUCGUUCGUCCUUAAAUACUUUUUAAAUUCAUAAAUCAGACGCGAUACUUUCUUGGAAGAUUGCGCGAACGGGCAAAGGUGGCGCGUUCGAUCUAGCAAAAGAACGGUACAAAUCGACAAAACGAGCGGGAGCAAGUUAUACUCGGAUCUCAACUACGCGGAUCUUAAUUUCCGAUACAUCCGAUAUCGUCCUUGUCCUCCGAGAUGGGCUCCAAGAACGAGUGGGACUAUUCGAGCCGAAACGGACCCAGCACUUGGGUGGAGAAAUUCCCAAUGGCGGCGGGUUCGAGGCAGAGUCCGGUGAAUAUCGAAACCGACCGGGUAGAAUCCGAUCACGAGGCUCUAAGUAGCAAACCUCUUCGUUGGAAAUAUCCUGCUACUGCAUCCCGGAAGUUGGUCAAUCCAGGAUAUUGUUGGAGAAUCGAUACCGAUGGUGAUGGGACUCUUUUGAGCGGUGGACCUCUCAUGGAUGAUAUUUAUAAGCUCGAACAGUAUCAUUGCCAUUGGGGAUGUAGCGACUCGAGAGGUUCCGAGCAUACCGUUGACGGUCAAGCUUUCGCUGGCGAGCUCCACUUGGUUCAUUGGAACACAAGCAAGUACAAGACAUUCGCGGAAGCUGCGAAAGCGUCGGAUGGUCUCGCGGUGUUGGGUGUCUUCCUCAAGGUUGGCAAGGCCCACGAGGAGAUGGAUAAGAUCGCACGUUUAUUGCCAUACGUGUCGCACAAGGACGAAGUUGUAGAAAUAGCGGAUCUCAUUGACCCCAGCAAGUUGCUUCCCGUGCGCGGUGGACGAGUCAGCACGCAGAGAUGCGCUAAUCCGUGCAUGCGUUGGGCCGACCGAAUCAUACGUCAUGAGAACAAAUUGGAUUUUCAAGACGAUAACGGUUAUUGGACAUAUUUGGGAUCCCUGACAACUCCACCGUUUAACGAGAGCGUCACAUGGAUUCUCUUCAAGAAAUACAUCGAGGUGUCUCAUCACCAGCUCAACAUCUUUCGUAAUCUGCGUAAAUUCCCACGCGGAGAGGAAUGUCCUUGUCACGAGAAUCACGGGGCUGUGAUCAACAAUUUCCGUCCACCGCUGCCUCUAGGAAAUCGUGUGCUAAGGGAAUGUGGCAGCUUUUAAACUUUUCUCUUUCCUUCUUCCCCUCUCCCCCUCCCCCCCCCCCUCUCUCUCUCUCUCUCUGUCCUCCUUUGCAAGAAGAUAGAAGAUUCGUCAAGUUCAGUAGCCGAAUUAGUUACACUACUAACGUUCGUAAUGGAUCUUCUUCAAAUCGUGGAGCUUUCCUUCGUAAACUAUCUGCGUAACAACUACGUGCCUUGUGCUCCUCGAAAUCCACGGUUUUCUUUGAUUUCUGCACGAGGCAAAAGUGUGUCGUUAAUGAUCAAAAACUGCGGAAAUAAGAAAAAUGACAAACAAAAAAUAUUACAUACGAGUGAUUUAUCGACGGUCUAUUUAAUAAUAUAGGUCUAUUUUAAAUAGAUUCUUUACAACUGUUAAAUAUUAAUAUCGUGAGACAUUUUUAGAUAUAACGAAAUACAUAGGUAAAAAGAAAGCUCAAAAAUGCUUUAGUUGCACUUUUGAGAAUAUAUGUCGAUAGCACGAUGCUUCUUUAUAAUAACCUCUGAAGAAGUAAUACUUAUUGUUAGUCAUUGAGAAUAAUCGUGGUAAACUACUCUGUUCCAAGUGCAAUUAAUUAAAAUGAUUGCUUAUGGACGGUCAUUGUUGCAUAUUUGAUAAUAUUUGUGUUUGUGAGAUAUAAAUAUAUAGUUAUAUGUUUGUA